AUGGCCACGGAGACACAGUGGAGCUGCCCCAUCUGCCACAGCACUCGGAAUGACGUGGCUUCCACUCUGCCCUGCCACCAUCAGUUCUGCCUGGGGUGCAUCCUGCGGUGGGCAAAGACAAACCCAGCGUGCCCACUUUGCAGCAAGCCAGUGGAAACUGUCAGGUUCUCUGAGCGGGGCGAGCAGGACUACAUCCAGUUUGAAAUCACAGCCCCCGAGGAGCGAUUGGAGACCAACUGCCGGGCAGGGAGAUCUCACUUCUGCCUGGCCGAGAACAGCCCCCAGCGCCCUGUGGUGCCCACUCCACCUUCUCCACAGGGAACACUGUCCCCAGCUGGGCAGGAGGAUGCAGGGCCAGAGCCCGUGGGUGGCAUCCCGCCCGAGGCGUGGGCAGCACUUUUCCGUUGCCAACAGCACCUCCUGGACCCUGCACGAUCCUGGCUGCGCCAGAGGCUGGCUGCACUCUACGGGGAGCAGUGGUGGAGGGUAGAGGCUGCAGAGGGAUCCAUCCUGCAUGGUCUCUGCGCCUGUGGGCUGCAUGCUGAGGUCCUGGUGGAGGUCCUGGAGCCCCUUCUCAGCAGGCACACAGCACCACUGAUCCAUGACAUCAUCAGUGUCAUUGUGGGCCAGUGCAGCGAGGAGGCACAGAGACUGCAGGGCUUCCACCAGGCCAGAGAUGAGGACAACAGGCCUGCAGCCAGACCCAGCUCCAGCAGCUCCCAGGAGAGAACUCCUACCACCAGCCCUGCAGGCUCCAAGGUAGAGGAGGGAGCUGAUACAUCACAGACUGGCUUCCAAGGGAGUCCCAGCUGCCCUGGAGCUGUGCCUGACCCUGCAGAGCAGGACCAGCCCCGGGAGGGGCCAGAGCAGCCAGAGGGUCCCUGUGCCCAGGGCAGCAGCCGCAGCCCCUCCGCUCCUUGA